AUGGCCCCCCUGGCUCAGACCCUGGCACUGCUGGCAAUGGCCAUGGCCACCACGGCUGUCGAUGUGAUCCCCCUGGACAUGGCCCCUGACUCCUUUGAUGACCAGUACCAGGGCUGUGGCCCUGCCAUGAGGGCGGCAUUGCCGGCCCUCAACCGCUCUGAGUUCAAACAGAAUGAGAAGUUUGCCCAGGUUUGGGUAAAGGCUGCAGCUGAGUGGCAGAGUCGGGGGCCCCCUGAGUCCCCUCUGACCCCAGACCAGGCCACCGCCAUCAUGGCCUUCACAAUGGAUGGCCUCCGCAGCAUGUUCAAUGAUGCUGUGCGUGUGGCCGGGCGCUCCAGCCAGGAAUACCGAGACAACUUCCACUUCAAAACGCUGCAUUUCCUGCUGACCCAAGCCCUGUUGAUGCUGAGGGACACUCGGGGACAGCAGUGUCACAUCAUGUACUGCCACGUGGAAGGUGUCCAGUUCAAGGCAGAGCCCGGUGACUUUGUCCGGUUCGGUCAAUUCAUGUCAGCAUCACGGAUGAAAAGAAAUCACGGGUACUCUGGGAAUGACACAGUUUUCCAUGUGUACACCUGCCAUGGCACAGAGAUCCAGCUAUUCUCCCACUCUCCUGGUGAGGUUCUGAUCCCACCCUUUGAGACCUUUAAGGUUGUCAACGUCAGCAAUAUAGGAAAGGGGAGGAAGAUUCAGCUCCGCUCCAAUGGGACCUCCAGCAACUACAACUGCGAGUGGCUGCAAGGUGGGAGUGUCCUCAGGGCCACCUUCAACCUCAGAGGACUCCUCCUGGCCACCACAGCCUUGGCAGUGGCCACUGGGAUCCUCUGA